CUCAGAAACGCAUGCUCAGUUUAUAUAUUGCCAUGAACUCUCCAACAUGUUCACUGCAAUGGCUUCCUUUCCUCCUCCUUAUUUUCUCAACCUCUGUCACUGCAACACUGUACAAUAUUCCCAGGCUGAGUCCAGUUGGACCAACAAUUCUACAAGAUCCUGAAACAGUAUCUGCGUCGGUUAACGUUUCAGAUGACUUUCAAACAUUUUACUAUAAUCAAACACUCGAUCACUUCAACUACAGGCCUGAAAGCUACUCCACUUUUCAGCAAAGAUAUGUGAUCAACUCUAAGUACUGGGGUGGUGCAAAUAGUAGCGCGCCAAUUCUUGCUUUUUUUGGCGCAGAAGCACCGUUGGAUGGUGACCUGACUUUUAUCGGAUUUCUCACUGACAACGCCGUGCACUUUAAGUCUCUCCUACUAUAUAUAGAGCACCGAUAUUAUGGAAAGUCAAUACCAUUCGGAUCAAGGGAAGAAGCGCUUAGAAACCCAAGCACUCUCGGGUACUUCAACUCAGCCCAAGCAAUAGCAGAUUAUGCAGAAAUCAUCAUUCAUGUAAAGGAAAAGUUAGAUGCAAAAUAUUCUCCAGUAAUUGUCAUUGGAGGAUCCUAUGGAGGAAUGCUAGCUUCAUGGUUCCGGCUAAAAUAUCCUCAUGUUGCCAUUGGCGCUUUCGCCUCAUCUGCUCCAAUCCUUUACUUCGACGACAUCACGCCCCAAGAUGGAUAUUUUUCGAUUGUCACCAAGGAUUUUAGGGAAGCCAGUGAGAGUUGCUACCAAACCAUAAAAAAGUCGUGGUCCGAAAUUGAUGAAGUAGCAUCUAAGCCUGAUGGCCUUUCAAUCCUUAGCAAGACAUUCAAGACUUGCAAUCCGCUAAGCACAUCUUUUGAGCUGAAGGACUAUUUGGAGACGAUAUAUGCAUUUUCAGCCCAAUAUAAUGAUCCUCCACAUUAUCCGGUUAACAUUGUCUGUGGUGGCACUGAUGGAGCUCCUUCCGGAAGUGAUAUUCUAAGCAAAAUAUUUGCAGGUGUGGUUGCUUAUAUAGGAAAUCAAUCAUGCUAUGUUAAUGGACACAGAAAUUUAUCUGAAUCAACUGUGGGAUGGAGAUGGCAGACAUGCAGCGAGAUGGUGCUACCCAAAGGAGUUGGCAAUGACUCUAUGUUCCCGUCGGAUCCUUUUAUCCUAAGCAGCUUUAUUGAGAAGUGCAAGAGCUUGUAUGGUGUCCCACCUCGUCCUCAUUGGGUCACUACUUACUACGGAGGCCAUGAUAUAAAAUUGAUUCUCCACAGGUUUGCAAGCAACAUUAUAUUCUCCAAUGGGCUUAAAGAUCCUUACAGUAGCGGCGGGGUGCUCGAAAAUAUAUCACACAGUGUUGUUGCUGUCCAUACUGUUAACGGAUCUCAUUGCUUGGAUUUACAUCCGGCAAAGCAAAGUGAUCCAGAGUGGCUGGUCAAGCAGCGAAAGGUGGAGGUUAAUAUCAUCAAAGGAUGGAUCACCAAGUACUACACUGAUCUUCUCGCUUUCAAGAAAUAAAUUGGGCGUUUCUUUUAACAAGACUAUAGCAUAUCAAUUAUAAUUAUUUAUCUUGAUCAAGGAAUUAAGUUGUGAUUUCUAAUUGAUAUGUUGGUGCAUUUGGGAUACACUAAACUGGACCACGUACCAUGAAUUAGUAUUCUAUAUAAGAAUUACUGUCCAAUGAAUAAUUGAACUCACUAUUGCAAAUAAUAUUGAUUCUUAAUUA